AGUCUUUAGAUUUGAGUUUUAGAAUAUUACCCAGUUUCCUUUUUGUUUGAGAUUGUACAACCUAUUUUCACCGUAAUGCAAUUCAAGUUGGAUCAAUCCAAUCUUCACACCCACCCCAGCUGCUGAUAAGUUCACUGCAACGGCUCUGCUUCCACUCCACCGGGCAUCAGCUCCGGCAUCCAAGUCCAGGUCGGCAAUGGCGCCGAGAAGCAAGCGGAGGGGAAGGGGCCUCAAGGCGACGGUUCUUCUCACCCUCGCCGUCUCCCUCAUGGUCCUUGCCGCAUUCUUCGUCCCCGUCUUCGCCCACCUCCCUUCCCUCUCCUCCUCCUCCUCCUUCGCCUCCUCCCUCUCCCGCCACCGCCCCACUCCUGGAAAAGUUGGGCACCACAAAUUUAAGAUUUCUGAGGAUAAAUUUUGGAAAGAUGGUCAGCAUUUCCAAAUCAUUGGUGGUGAUCUGCACUAUUUCCGAGUCCUACCGGAGUAUUGGGAAGAUAGGUUGUUGAGAGCAAAGGCUUUGGGCUUAAAUACGAUUCAAACUUAUGUUCCUUGGAAUCUACAUGAACCAAAGCCCGGAAAGAUAGUUUUUGAGGGUAUCGCUGAUAUAGAAUCAUUUCUGAAGCUCUGCAAGAAACUUGAUCUUCUUGUCAUGCUCCGACCUGGGCCUUAUAUAUGCGCAGAGUGGGAUUUUGGAGGAUUUCCAGCUUGGCUACUUGCCUUGGACCCAGCAGUAAAGCUAAGAUCAUCAGAUCCCAAAUUUAUUCAGUUGGUUGAAAGCUGGUGGAGCGUCCUACUCCCGAAGGUAGCUCCUCAUCUUUACGAGAAUGGAGGCCCUGUUAUAAUGGUUCAGAUUGAAAAUGAAUAUGGGUCAUUUGGGGAAGACAAAUCUUACCUUAGUCAUCUCGUAAGAGUGGCUCAAGGGCACCUUGGCAAUGAUGUAAUCCUAUACACCACAGAUGGAGGUACACUAGAAACUCUUAGAAAGGGAACAAUUGGCAGAAAUGAUGUCUUCUCAGCUGUCGACUUUCCAACUGGUGAAGAACCCUGGUCCGUAUUCAGGUUGCAGAAACAGUUCAAUGCCCCAGGAAAAUCGCCUCCCCUUUCAUCGGAGUUCUAUACUGGUUGGCUUACUCAUUGGGGGGAGAAGAUUGCAACCACAGGAGCUGACGUUACUGCUGCUGAACUUCAGAAGAUUUUAUCAAGAAAUGGUUCUGCAGUGCUUUAUAUGGCGCAUGGUGGAACAAAUUUUGGCUUCUAUAAUGGAGCAAAUACCGGUCAAGACGAAUUUGAUUACAAGCCUGACCUCACUUCUUAUGAUUAUGAUGCACCUAUUUCAGAAUCUGGUGAUGUAAAUAGUGAAAAAUAUAGAGCAAUUCGUAGGGUGAUAGAGCGUUAUAGUGCGGCAUCUCUUCCUUCGAUUCCUCACAACAAAGAAAAGAAGGGAUAUGGCCAGAUUCAGUUGCAGAGAAAAGGAUUUCUCUUAGAUUCGCUUGAUCAAUUAGAUUCCUCCGAUGCUGUCGAAUCUGAGAAUCCUCUCUCCAUGGAGUCUGCUGGACAGAUGUUUGGCUUCUUGUUGUAUGUUUCUGAUUAUGGCGCUGUGGAUGAUGGAGGCAUUCUUUCUAUACCAAAGGUACACGACAGAGGUCAAGUGUUCAUAUCAUGCCGAUCUCAAGAAAGAAGACCAUUGUAUGUGGGCACUGUUGAGAGAUGGUCGACUCAAAGACUUCGUUUGCCAAUUACCAAAUGUGACUCCAGCAUCACCAUAUACAUUUUGGUUGAGAACUUGGGACGUGUAAAUUAUGGAAAGUACAUUUUUGACCCUAAGGGUAUUCUCUCUCCAGUCUACCUAAACGAGAGAGCUCUCCUUGGGUGGAAGAUGGUUUCAGUUCCUCUCCAUAACCUGAAUGAGAGUCCGAAUAUCAACAAAAUCAUUCAGGCUGGUCGUUCAGGAUUCAGAAAAAUUUCUUCCGGUAGAAACACAGACAAGAACUCUGAGAAUGUAACAAGAGUACCAGCAUUUUAUACCGGCAGUUUCUUUAUUGAUGAAGCUGACCAAGUUAAAGAUUCAUUCAUUUCUUUCCGCGGUUGGGGUAAAGGAGUUGCAUUAAUCAACGACUUCAACUUGGGAAGAUUUUGGCCGUCAGUUGGCCCACAGUGUAACCUCUAUGUUCCUGCUCCGGUCCUUCGGCAAGGGAAAAAUGUUGUGGUAAUACUUGAGUUGGAGACACCACACCCUAAGCUGAUAUUAGAGUCCGUAGAUUACCCAGAUUUUACAUGUGGAUCGACCAGAUCGAGCGUGCAUCAGCUAUAGUGCGAUACCGAUUUGCAUUGCAUUGAACUCACCGAGGAUCCUUCUCGGAAAUGAAGUUGGAAAGAACUAUUCCAGGCACUAUUCUCCAUUGGAGAUUGAUCACCCAUAAUUCCGGGGCUCCUCUCUGCCUCUCUGGAGUGCGCCUUCCGUGUUCUUCGAGAAAUUUGGUGUCAGAGAUUCAUAGAAGAUUAAUGGGAUUUGACUGGAGAACGAAAUUGUCUACGGAUUUGCAGCACAUUUCUGAAUGAUGAAUUCCUAUGUGCUCCACCGAUUAGAUUAUCAUAUCACACAUAUCGUAUGCGACAGGACUCAGUUUGUCAUGAUAUAAUAUAAGGCAACAACUUGAAAGCUCC